CAAUUACCAAUCAUACCAGAGAGGAAAUGGUGUGGAAAGGCAUUCUGGGUUUUGAUUAUGGUAUAGUUUUAGCUCCUAUGGGCCAUGAUAUCUCCGGACCGGAGCUUGUAGCUGCCGUCGCAAACGCCGGUGGCCUUGGCCUUCUUCAUGCUCCUGAUUGGGAAUCACCGGAGAAGAUGAAGGAGCUUAUAAGGAAGACUCGGGAGCUGACUGAUAAACCCUUUGGGGUUGGUGUGCUUCUGCCAUUUCCUCACAAGGAAAACAUCAAGGCUAUUUUGGAAGGAAAGGUUGCCGUUUUGCAAGUUGCUUGGGGAGAAAUUUCAAAGGAGUUUGUGUUAGAAGCUCAGAAUCAUGGGGUCAAGGUUGUUCCUCAAGUGGGGAGUGUUGAGGAAGCGAAAAAAGUAAUUGAUGCGGGUGUGGAUGCAAUCAUCGUUCAAGGAUAUGAAGCUGGAGGGCAUGUAAUUGGACAUGAUUGCCUAAUGUCAUUGUUGCCACGAGUGGUUGAUGUGAUCGGUGACCGUGAUAUUCCGGUAAUUGCUGCCGGGGGCAUCGUAGAUGCUCGUGGUUAUGUCGCUGCCCUGGCGCUCGGUGCUAAAGGCAUUUGCAUGGGCACUAGGUUUGUCGCAACUCAAGAAAGCUAUGCUCACCCGAUAUACAAACAGAAACUGAUCGAACAUGAUGAAACCGAGUACACCGAUAUCUUUGGCAGGGCACUCUGGCCUGGUGCACCACAGCGUGUCCUGCUAACACCUUUUGUCCGCAACUGGAAAUCCCUUCCCGCUCACGAAAACGAAACUAACCAGCCCGUCGUUGGUCGAUCACUAAUACAUGGAGUGGAAACCGAGAUUCGACGUUUUUCCGCUUCGGAUCCAAAUCCAAUGACGACGGGUGAGAUCGAAAACAUGGCGCUGUACGCAGGCCAAAGCGUAGGCCUCAUCAAGGAGAUUCUCCCUGCUGGAGAAGUAGUGAAGAGACUGGUUGAAGAGGCUCAACGGUUGAUCCAGCAAAGGUUCAAUGGGGAAUCAUUCUAAAAAAAAUCUGUUUGUGAACGCAACUAUGUACAUGUUUAUGUGAAAUAACUUGAAGAGACCAUAAUCUAUAACAAUAAUUAAAAGCUAUCCUAUACAAUGGGAUAGCUUAAUUGAAAAUUGUAAUUCGCAUAUUUAAAUUUUCAUCUAUGGGUUGCUGUUCGUUA